GGUGGGCAAUUGUGGCCCUCCAGCUGUUGUAGAACUACAAGUCCCAUGAGGCAUUGCAAAACUGACAGUUACAAGCAUGACUCCCAAAGGCAGAGGCAUGAUGGGACUUGUAGUUCACCAACAGCUGGAGGGCCACAGUUACCCACCCCUGGUAUAAGUGCACAUCGCUGACGGCUAGAAGUGGACAAUCCCUUGAAGGUGGACAAUCCCUUGAAGGAGCAGCAGUAAGGACUUACAGGUGAGCAAGAAGCGGGACUGUCUCCUCUCGCAGUAGGAUUGCCUCCUUUGGGACUC